GGCAGCCGGGGGGAGCGGCCCGGGGCGCGGUACCGCCCCCGCCGCCGCCCCACGCAUGCUCGCCGCCGCUGCCGCCGCCGCGCCGGAGCCGAGCGGAGCGGGACGGGACGGUACCGGACGGGAGCCGGCGGGAGCAUCCGCCGCCACAGGGGUGCCUACACCGUGUCCCUCCGCUCCGGCAGCCACAGCAGCUCCUGGAUCCCGCUCCCGGUCUGGCUGUGCUGGGGAAGGCUGGCUUUUACGACCUGCGGCGGGACUAGCAUGGGAGAAGCCUUCCCUGGGCAUGGGCAGCGCUAAGGAGCCUGAGGGGCUGCAGCUGCUGAGCCGCCAGGCCGGGGCUGAGGACGCCUGUGAGCCCGGUGCCAGCUCCCCCGGCUGCCCGCCAGCGGGUGAGUGCCUGCCCGGCUCCGGCUGCACCGCGGGGGGCCGUGCCAUGAGGACCUGCUGCGCAGUUGAGCCGGAGGCCCAGGGCACUGUGGCUGGCGCAGCGGUGGAGAAGAAGGUGCCAUCACCGACAGGACCGGCUCCUGGCACGCUUCUCCCGGACGCCGGUGUGGAGCCAAGCGUGGCGACAGUGACGGGAAGCUGCGGGGGACCAGCCGGCGCUGCCCCUGCCUGUGGUCCCACGGGGCUGGGGGGCCCCAGUGCCCAGAAGAAUGCAGCCUCCAUUACCACCCUGCCUGAGCCCUGCCUCAAAGCACCCAGCAAGGACGGGGGGAGCGCAUCAGCUCCUGCCAAACACGUGGCAUUCGUGGAGCCUGCUGUGGGCGCUGGAGCAGCUGAGCUGCCAAGUCAGGAUCAGCCUCAGGGUGGCACAGGAACAUUCCCAAGCACUGUGCCCCAGCCGGGGGGCAGCGAGGCUCCCAAACACCCCCAGGGGGGCACGGCGGACCCUCCCGGUAGCAGCACUGUGGGGAGCGGGGGCGGCAGCAAGGCAGGGCCAAACCCCACCGCCGUGGGCCAGGGCAGAGCUGAGGGGAGCCCAGCCCAGGGUGUGGAUGCCGGGAGCAGCCAGCAGCCCCGGACAGCCAAGCUGCUCUGCGAGUCCUACUCCUUCGAGGUGACCCCGCCACAGGAUGCCGGGACACAGGACACAGGGACGCAAGUGGACAGCCGAGCGUCCCUGGUGUCGGUGGCCUUGAGCCCCAUGAGCCCCCCGGGUGGGGCUGCUGCCUUCACCUUCCCCAAGAGAGAGCUGGGCUCUGCUGCUCCCCCACGCCUGGAGCCCUCCAAGAAGGACGCGGAGAUGCAGGUGUCCAUGCCCGUGGAGACCCGCUCGGUGGCCACUGGGCCCAUGACGCCAGUAGCCAAGUCCCCGCAGGCCUCGUAUCCCGAGGUACAUGUGAAGGGGACGGUGGUGGAGGAGACUCCGGAGCCCAUCCGGGAGGUGAGCUGGGACGAGAAGGGGAUGACGUGGGAGGUGUAUGGGGCCUCCAUGGAGGUGGAGGUGCUGGGCAUGGCCAUCCAGAAGCACCUGGAGAAGCAGAUCGAGGAGCAUGGGCGGCAGGUGGUGAUGACCCCGCAGAGCACCCGCACCGGCUCCCUCAAGGGAGCACCCCGCAAAGGCGAGGCCAAGAGGCAGCCCAGCGUCUUUCGGGCUCUGCUGCAAAACGUCCGGCGGCCCCGGUGCUGUUCCCGUGCCAGCCCUGCCACGGAGUGAGCCACUGCCCGCGCCAGUGGGGCAGGGGUGCCACGGGGAGGGGUCCCUGCCCCGGCGUCCCAAGACACCCACUGCCAGCGCGUGGGGCUCCUGGGGCUGGGGCGGGCAGUGAUGGAGCACUACACGCUGGGGCAAAGCGUCUCCUUCGCUGGGGGUCCCCUUGCCAGCCUGGGGUCCCCCUGCCAGCCUGGCCCCAUGGAGGUGUCCCGGGACAUGAGGCUGGUGCCACAUCUCUUUGCUUGGUGGCUUUUUUUAGCAUGAGGAGGCGCAUGGCUCCUUCCAGGCAGAGGCGGCUGCUCCCGGGGCAUCUCCUGCCCAUGGCACAGGUCUGGUGGUGGCUCAAGGUGGGCACAGGCAGGUCGCUUCUGGCUUCUCUGAGCUCUGGCUUGGCUCAUGCCCCAGGCAGCAGCAUCACUCCCCAUGCUGGAGAGAUGCUGGUGCAUCACGGUGCCACCACUUCUCUGCAAUCAGCCCAUGGCUGCCCACAGUGGGGGCUUUCAGCCCAGCCCGCCACAGCCUCGUCCUCUCUGCCCUGCUGCUGUGCCGUGGGUGCCCCGGAGCUGGGAGGACGUGGCCACACAGAGCACUGGGACAGAUCUCUGAUGGCAGAAACUGGGGCUGACCAUGGCUGCAGUAGAGAGCCGCUGGUCCCUGUUACUGUGGCUGGAGGCACUUGGGAAGUCUGUCCCCACGGGCCCCAGCCCCUCCUUGCAUGGGGACCUGCCCAGGGGCGGCCGUGGGAGCCCAGGGUACAUCCUCACCACGGCUGGCAGUGGGGAUGAAGCAGGCCCUGCCGCCUGGCCCAUCCAGCCUCCCCAGUGCUGGAGAGGUCCCGUAUGCUGGGGACGUGGACGCGUGUCCCUUCAGCCCUGCUGGCUGCUCUCCCCUACAGCAGCCAGGGAUGUGCCGGCUGCAAAGCGCUGCCACUUUUUACAGCUGGGGUUUUACAGGGCGGGGGGGAGGGGGGCUUUUAUUGAACCGUGUUUGCAUUUUUGGAGCUUUUUAAGAGCCACUUUCAAACAUGUGCAUCCUGCCUGGAGCCACCUCCUCCCCAGUGGCCUGCAGGACCAUGACCCUCUUUUCAAACACUUUUCCUAUGUUGCCUGCACCCCGCUGGACUGGAGAACGUCAGGAGCGAAGGGUCGGCGUGCAGGGGAGUGAGCAUCUCCACGGCUGGGUGAGCGUCCGCAUGGCCAGCAGCACCAUGGCAUCCUGCAGAGACAUGGGACCUGGCCCUCCAGCCUGGCCUUGUGCAGAGGACCGGCCCUGCAGUGCCACAGCGAGGGGGUCCCAGACCCAUGCCCAGCGCUUGAUGGGCAGGAGGCUGCAAAUGGGGUGUGCUUGGGCAGAUGCACCAUCCCCUCUGGGCAGAGGUGCAGGAAGGCUCAAGGUGCCGGGACACCAGUACAGCCCCUUCCCCUCUUAGGGGCAAGUCUUGCCCCUCAAACUCCUGUUGUACAUCCUGGGCUUGUUUUGGCCCUGGGGGCUGUCUCUUGCCCGGGGGGGUGCUGCGAAGGGCUUGCUGAAGUGCCACCCUGCAGCCAGGGCUGAGGCCAGUGCCUGCUCUGUGCUGCAGCGCUCACCGGGAGCCAGCUUUUCCCUGUGCCUUGGGCUGCAGGAGUGGUGCCACGGCCACACAGGGAAGACCAGGAGCCCUGGGGCAUCCCCCCGCCACCCUGCCCCAGGCUGUCCCCCACCUCUAGCCCUGUGCUGCUGAGCUGUGGCACGCCGGUGCUGCGGCUUCAUCAUCUACUUCUUUUUUUCCUCUUCAUUUCUUUUUUUGGGGGUGGGGGGAGGAAGGGGGCGGGAGGACCAACCUGUCAACGUGGAUGUUGGGUAAUAAAACCUUGCACAAAUCUC